GUAGUUCCUGAGAGGAGCUCAGUCAGCUGCUGUCACAGAGAGGGGAGCAGAAGAGGAGGAGACACCAGCUCAGACACAGCAGCCAAAAUGUCGACUUCGUUCAGCAAGUUCAGCGACUACACCAUGACACAGCUCAACGAGAUCCUGGAGGACGACGUCAAACUCAGCAACAUGGUCCAGGAGAUGGACGAGAUGCAGGAGGUCCAGCAGAACAAAGAGAAGACACUGGUCAGCAACCGAACGCUGGCCCAGCAGAACCUCGCCCUGCAUCCCAUACUAGAGCAUAAGAAGGAGCAGCUGACCAAGUGCUACAGCUGCCUUCAGGAUAGCUUUGAGUCCUAUCAGCUCCGCAAGUCCACUCUGGACCACAAGUCAGGAAACACCUCCCUGGACACUUUGCUGGCCCUGCUGCAGACGGAAGGAGCCAAAAUAGAAGAGGAGACAGAGAAUAUGGCUGAUUCGUUCCUGGAUGGCGACAUAACCCUGGAUCCCUUCAUCGAUUCUUACCACAGCAAGAGGAAGCUCGCCCACCUGAGGAGGGUGAAGAUCGAGAAGCUGCAGGAGAUGGUGCUGAAGGGCCAGCGGCUCCCCCAGGUGUCUGUGACCACCUCCCGAUCUCAGGAUGUGUCAGCGGCCUCCCUCCUCACAGACGCCAACAGUUCCUCCCCUGUCCCCCAACCUAGGAGGAAACCCCCGGCUCCUCCAUCCCAGCCAUCCCCAAUUCUUGAUCCAAUGAUGUCUGUCCCCCAGCCCUCUGUCUUCUACUCUGCGUCACCAUACCCGCCGAUACCUCCCCGAACAGGCCAGCCCUUCCCUAAUGUCCCCUCUGGCUACCCCAGCCACUAUCUAUCUCAGUAUCCCCCUGCUUUGCCGCAGAGGCCCCCACCUCGCAUGACCCCACAGCCUGGCUUCAUCAUGCAGUAAAAAAAAGAAGCAGUUUCCACUCUGAGGGCAGCAGUGUGUGUUGUGGACUUUGCACCACUGGGAUUCCUCUGAGAACUGAUUUUCUUUUCAUGUCGUCUGCCUUCUUGAAUAACGACCAAUCACACCAAAAGAAGGUGGACCUGUGCUGGCUGGUCUGGUCAUGUUUGAUUGAAGCAGAUCUCCAAUAAUCUUUUGUGUAUUCCAUCUCACUCCCAUCAACACUCCAGAAUAACAAAAAAAGAUGUGAUGAGAUCGGCCUCGACUCUCCCUCCAGGAGACCGGCCCGCUGCAGGCUGUGGUGAAACAAGUGUCAGUCUAUAGGUCACUGGGCUGGGAUUUGUCAUUUAUCAGCACUUUGUGUCUGCAGGCGGUGCCCUCAGCUCGGCUGACCCAAUAGUUUUCAGUCUCUCAGCUCCCUUCAAACAUGUUCCUCGAGCUUUUUAUGGAACAGCAGAGUCACUCCAAAAGAAGGGUUUAAUUUGUCCUUUCCAUUUGCAGCAUACUCAUUUACUGGUAUUGUAUAUGCAAGCAAAGAGAGACCCUAAUUACUGUGUGGUUCUAAUGAAAAUAUCGUUUCCCAGAAUAUAUUCAGGCGAACUGCAUCUAUGCUGUGAUGUUUGUUUGUUUUUGUUUGUAUAUAAACAUUCAUAAGGUACAUAGAAAUAUUUGAAUUUCAGCAUCUUUUUGUGGUAAAAUACUAAUGGAGGUAUAUUGAUAAUAAUAUUAAUAGCCAAAAUAGACUGAUUAACGUGUAAUAACGGAGGGCUUUGAUUGGUGUGUCUCAUCUUCAAUAUGUGCGUUUGUCUAAAGAGAGUCCAGACCUCCCUGUUUCAAGAUGGCCGACUCUUGCACUCAGUCCAUCUCGGGGCAGAAGUCUAAAGGGAGUUGAAGGAGACGAUCAGUGGCUGAACUACAGAAACAAAUCACUAAGCCUUUGGAGCCUUGCCUGAAUUGAAGGAUUUUUGUAUAGUCAUACAGAACACUUUCAAAUGUGAGUUUUUUCUUUUUCUGUGGGCUCCUGUUUCAACACAGCACUUCUGUUUCCUUACGUCCAUUGUCUUUAAAACCCUAAGUUUGAAGUUGAAUUGAGGCCAAAGGCUUCUCUGGACCUCCCACACAUGGUUCUGCUCAGUUUUCUGCGACAUUGUGCACCAAAGACCUCCAACAUCGCAUCAUGUUCAAAGUAUUUUGCCAUGGUCUUUUUUGAAUAGAUGAUAUUUACAAGUAAACCAUGUAGUGAGAUACUGUUCCAUUGAUACCAACAUAUGUUUGGGAUGUUGAGCUGAACACUUUUUGUAACAUUGCGAGCCAGAUUUCUUCAGGAGUAACUUGUCCAAGUCAGUCUUGCUUUUUUGGAGGAUAUGUUUUUGUUUUUCUCUGAGUCAGAUUUAAAACAUUCUUUCUCCUCUCGACUGCUGUUGCUGUGCACUGUUGAAGAGCCACGAGUGCCUACGUUUGAAGUGACGUUAAUCGCAUCCUGCUGAUUACUCCAUGUUUCUCAAGCUGUAGAGGUUACCCACACGUCUGCCCAGCCCCAAACCUUAUAAAUGAAAAACUGAUCUAGCAUUCGGUCUUCUACUUUUGCUACUGAUCCCAUGUUCCAGAAGAAGGCAGAAAAAAAGGCAGCGUCUGACUGUUGGUCUGUCAUGUUUUUGCUUUCUCACUGGAAGCAGGAGGCCAUAACUGAGCAAAACUGAACGUGCCAGAGAGACAAGAGACACCCUCGGGGCUUUAUUCCUAGUGGUGCUAGUGCUUCUCUUCCAUUCUUCCUCCAAUGUGUUGAGGUUUGCCUGGGGUAGAAUACAGAGAUUUGAGCAUGUCUUGUUUUCGUUGCAGUUAAUUUUUUUUCUAAUUGGCUAAAAAACAGGGCUCUGAAAUGUUUUCAUGUCAUAUCUUGGUGAUAGUACUUCACUUUGAGGCAAAGACUUGGACCACAGAAUGGACUGAGCAUACUUAUCAGCACGCAAAACCACAGAGGGAGCAGAAGCAGAAGCCUCGGUAUCUUGAUGAACCAGCAUUUCUAACAACUAACAUCGGAUUAUUCUUUUGUGCAUGGCCUUUUGCUCUUUGUGUUCAGUCUGAAGAUUCCUCUUGAGGGCUUUGUUUUUAGCUGUUGAUUUGCUUUUAACAUUUGAACUGAUCCACUGUAUCCAUGGUUUUAUAUGUGGUUGGUGAUAUUUUCAGUGUAAUGUUGUAGGUAUAUUUACUUAUAAUGAAUGUUUAAGUGGAAUUUAAUGCUAUUUUCAAGUUCAAUAAAUCUCAGAUUUUUUUA